AUGGGGAAGCCCAAACCCAGACCUGCCACUAAGGGGGCUGGCAAGGGGAAGGCUACCGCUACUCAACGAGGAUCCAACACAGCCUCCCGUCCAGCCAGCGCAGGACGGACGCGGCUGCUGCUACAAGGUCGAGCGUGUCGUCCCGGGCAGAAUGAGCAAGCCGCGCCAAAGCCCCAGGGCCGGGCCCGAGGGCAGCCCCAGGGGAGCCUGGCACAUAGCCAAUCAGGGGGAGGUAAUGCUGCAGCUCCUCCACCACCGCCACCGCCGCUGACUGCUCCGCCGGCUGCAUCGCCUCGAUCUGCACCUCCUGCUGAACCAGCGUUACGUGCAGCUGGUCGAGCACGUACGACAGGAGUGUCAUGCACGUCCCAACGUGCAUCACGCGCUACUCGACGCGAGUUGGGGGCUCGCCAGGAACCAAGGCAGGGGGAGGAGGCGGGCUUGGGGCGUGCAGGAGAGGUGACCGUGGAAAUUGGGGCAUUGGGGGACGAGGCGGCUGCGGCUGGAAGGGCAGGGGAAAACAGCGUAGCGGGGACUGUGCGGGUGGCCGCUGUGGUGCCCAGGACGGCGGCUGCAACGGUGCCUGAGGUAUUUGCGGCUGCUGCGUCUGCAGUGGAGACGGUGGCGGACCCGGUGCCUGCUGGCGGUUCUACCGCUGCCUUUGGCGGCGGCUCAACUUCACCCUCUGCCGCCCCACGGGUUGCGCAGUCGGAGGCUGAGGAGCCAAGUCCGGGCGCGGAUCAGGAGCAGACCGCGGAGGCGGCGUUGUCAGCGUCGCCGGCACCUGUGACGGCGGCUGUGCUGGCGGCGGCGGUGUCUGCUGCCACUGGGAAGCAGGGCGGAGCCCCGACGGCGGAAGACGUGAUGAUUGCCGCAGCGAGCGCCGAAACGCCUGUUGCUGCCGUGGCCGCAAACAGGCAGGAGCACGGCCAUGUGGAGGAUGAGUUUCCAGGACGCGCGAACGGCGAUUCUUCCGGCGCGGCACAGGCAAAGUCGAAGAAGAAGUUGCGUGCCCAGCCAGCGCCGAGACGGCCCGGAGCAGGGCUGGGACCUGGCCCCCCGGGACCCCUCCUAGGCUGGCUUCUGCAAGGGCAACCGCCAUCAGAGCGAGCCAUCGGUCGUCAUCUGCGCAAACGCAAGAGGCAAGGGGAGGUCCCGGACUCAAUGAGCCACGGAAGGCGUUGCCACUCGUCGCUCGGCUCGGCUGGGCACUGUCACGUGGGGUCCUCCAAGGGGAGGCCGUACGCCGUGGAUGCCGGCGGGGAGAGCGGGACUGGAGACCACAGCUCGAUCGGCGCCAGUGGCGGGCCGGGGUCUGCGUGGGCUGCAGCCAAUAGGGAUGAAGUCGGCUCUGCUGAGGAGAACGGGGAUCCAGAAUUUAUGUGUGGAGAAGAACCAGGCCCAGAGUCGGAAGAGGUGUCGCUAGAAAACAAGGAGGAAGUGGGGGGAAGGCGGAAUCAAGCGGGAGGCACAGGGGAGGGGGUGGAAGGAGAAACAUCCCACACUGUGGGAGCCACGGUUCCAGCCGCAGCAGUCGCCAACGAGGUGAAAUCGCCAGCCGCCCUGGUAGAGGAUGAUGCCAUCUGGCAGAUGGCAGGCACGUGGACCUUGGACCUUCUCCAAUGA